AUUCCAAAUAAACCCUCGUCUUGCGAGGGGCGGCGUUCUCUUCCUGUUCCUCGCCUCCGCACAUCCGUGUUCUUUCUCAUCAGUCGUCUCUGCCUCCGCUGUUGAACUACACCACCGGCUUCGACUAUUGUUAUUUUCUGCUCCGACGAGUUAAGUCAGGCAUUAUGGAAGUCGAGGAGGAACAGACUACGUCAACUGUUUCUGCAGAAACCUCUGUACCAUCAUCUGAUGUUCAAAGCACGGUUUCUCCUGUUCCUGCUGUGCUGCCCUCGCCAGUGCAACCUGUUAUUCCAACAGUUCCACCAUCUAUUGUGCCCCCUAUUGCUCCUAUUCCUUCAAUUCCUCCUCCCACCACUCUCCGCCCACUGGCGCCACUUCCUGUUCGUCCACCAUCUAUUAGGCCACCCAUGUCACAAAAUGGUGAGGUUAGAUCAACUGACUCUGAUUCAGAUCAUGAUGACUCCGGCCCUGGGAUAAACAAGGGUACAGGGGAGUAUGAGAUAUCAGAAGAGAGUAGACUGGUUAGAGAGAGGCAGGAAAAGGCAAUGCAGGAGCUUAUGAUGAAGAGGCGUGCUGCUGCUCUGGCUGUUCCAACAAACGACAUGGCUGUGCGAGCUCGUCUGCGCCGUCUUGGUGAACCGAUCACUCUUUUUGGUGAAAGGGAGAUGGAGAGAAGAGACAGGUUGCGAAUGAUUAUGGCAAAACUGGAUGCUGAAGGUCAGCUGGAAAAGCUGAUGAAAGCUCAUGAAGAUGAAGAGGCUGUAGCUUCUGCUGCACAAGAAGAAGCUGAGGAAGACCUACAGUAUCCCUUUUACACUGAAGGGUCAAAGGCCCUCCUGGAUGCCAGAGUUGAUAUUGCUAAGUUUUCUUUAGUAAGAGCAGCAGCACGUCUUCAUCGUGCUCGAAGAAGAAGAGAUGAUCCAGAUGAAGAUAUAGAUGCAGAAAUGGAUUGGGCACUGAAGCAGGCAGAGAACUUGGUUCUUGAUUGCAGUGAGAUUGGAGAUGACCGGCCACUUUCUGGUUGCUCCUUCUCAGCAGAUGGAAAAUGCCUUGCUACCUGUUCCCUGACUGGAGCUGCGAAGCUUUGGAGCAUGCCUGAAGUUAAAAAAAUUUCUACCUUCAAGGGGCACACAGAGCGUGCUACUGAUGUUGCUUACUCUCCUGUGCACAACCAUUUAGCAACUGCCUCUGCUGACCGCACUGCAAGGUAUUGGAAUGAUCAAGGGUCUCUUUUAAAGACAUUUGAGGGUCAUCUUGACCGUCUUGCUCGCAUUUCCUUCCAUCCAUCUGGGAAGUACUUGGGCACUGCUAGCUUUGACAAGACGUGGAGAUUGUGGGACAUAGAAACAGGAGAGGAAUUGCUUCUCCAAGAAGGUCACAGUAGGAGUGUAUAUGGUUUAACUUUCCACCAUGAUGGAUCAUUAGCUGCAUCUUGUGGACUGGAUUCACUUGCUCGAGUUUGGGACCUUCGUACUGGGAGAAGUAUUCUUGCACUGGAAGGUCAUGUCAAGCCGGUUCUUGGCAUCAGUUUUUCACCUAAUGGUUAUCAUUUAGCCACAGGUGGUGAAGACAACACUUGUCGCAUUUGGGAUUUGAGAAAGAAGAAAUCCUUGUACGUCAUACCAGCUCACUCUAAUUUAAUAUCACAAGUCAAAUUUGAGCCACAAGAGGGUUAUUUUUUGGUAACAGCUUCGUAUGACAUGACAGCGAAGGUAUGGUCAGCUCGUGAUUUUAAGCCUGUCAAAACGUUAUCUGGGCAUGAAUCAAAAGUCACUUCUCUAGAUAUUCUUGGAGAUGGACGUUAUAUUGCUACUGUCUCCCAUGAUCGCACCAUAAAGCUGUGGUCCAGCAACAUGACUAGUGAACAAGCUAUGGAUGUUGACUGAGCUACCCUGGUCAGAAUACAAUUUCUGAAAGGACCCUAGUUCGCGGAGUCGCAUUUAUCUUGGGGCUCACCAAGUCGGCCAAAAACAUUUUGGCAAGAAAGGCAUUACCAAUCAAGUGGCAGAGACGGUGCAAGGCAAUUUUGACUUAGAAAAGUGGGUUGAGAGAGGAUGUCAUGGUUCUAAUUACCCCUUGGAAAAAAAACAAGGCCGAAGAUCUAGCCAUUAGGGGUUGAACUCGGUAGACAGAAUUAGCGUUCUUGCUUUUGUAUUCAGGAUCUGCCGAUGCCCCCAGUGCUCCCAUGUGCAUGACGUUAUGUAUCAGAAUCCAUAAACCUAGAGAAUGCAUCAUACUUAACUGUAAUAGAGUUCAUUUACUUCCAAAAGCCAACAUGCUUGCAACUGAUGCGAUAACCUUCGGCCAACGUCAAGGGCAAUUAUCCUGGUAUAUUUGUUGAAGGAAUCUGUGUAGAAAAUGGCCUAGAGCCCAAGAUGUAGCUUAUGUGUCCAUCCAAA